CCUGGGCUGCUGUGCGGCUUUUAUUCAAAACUCACCAUUCCGGAGAGCAAACCAGAUGUGAUCGGCACACGGGCGUGUUUCACAUGGAGGGACAGCGACGGGACUGAUGCUGGGUUGACAGUGGUGGGCAUGCAGGGCCAGUGAUGGCUCAUGGUAAAAACACAGGAACCAUUUCCAAAAUAUUGGCUCCCAACCCUCCACCGUGCCCCGGUACAGGACUCACCAAACAGAGCCACGAGGAGCAGCAGGGUUCGGUGAGGGAGGCGUCUGAGCAACCACCUCACACCUUCAAGGAUGACAACACCGACCAGCUGACGCCUCCUGCUUCUGCCAAACACUUUUACAUGAGCUCUGACCCCAGUCCCGAGGACAUGGAGGACACCUGCUCUGAGUACGACAACGUGGGCUCUGAUGUUGAGCAGGACUAUGACGAGGUGCUGCAUUUGAACAGGGAGGGCAUGGUGGACAUGAGGUAUUACAAGCAGUACUGUCCCGAGGAUGCUGGCUACAUAAAGCAUGCAGGAGGUGAUAAUAUUAAUGAGAACAGCAGCGCUGUUGACCAGUUCACUCCCAGAGUUCGUCAUAGCACAGAAAUAUGUGAGGGAUCGCAGUCUAACACUAAGCCUCUCAAGACGGGCCAUCGCUUCAGGUCACACUGUGUCCCCAUUCCUGUGGAUGAAGCAGAGAAGGGAGCAGAGAAGGGCCAAGAGAACAGGUUUGUUUAUAGUGACGGAGAUGAGAUAGAGGAGGUGCUGGAUGGGGCCAGGUUUAUAGAGGAUUUAGAGGAGACAGUGAACACUGUUCAAAGACCAACCAGCCUUUAUCCUGGCAAUGAUAAUGAAAAAAUUAGAAAGGGAGGCGAUGAAAGGGAAAGAGAAGAUGUCACCCGGGUUACAAGAAACCCUAAUAUCCAAGGAGCCAGUAAGAAGUGUGAGUCAUCCCACAUGGGUUCAAAAGAGAGGGAGAGGCAGGGCAAAGGACGAGGGAGGAGGGGAACAGCAGAGGACACUGAGCAUAUUGUCUCUGGGAUCAAACGAUGCUCGACCAACAGCACUGAACAGCGUCCAAAGGCUUCAGUGAGGGACUGCAAAAAGGCCGCUGUUCGCACCAAAGCUAAGUCUGGUUCCAGUAAACAACAUCCUCCUCCGCCACCCCGUCAUUCCCACGCACAGUCACCUGCAGAUGCCCAGAAGCCACAGUCUCGCCAAGAGACUCCCCCAGUUCCCAGACCCAGUCCCCCUUCUGCCAACGGCCAGGAGAACAAAGCCAGGGUCACCAAACCCUUGCCCGCUCCUCAGCACACACCACAACAACAGAGGGAGCCGCUGGAGGAGAGGCAGAGACGGCCAGAGAAAACCCAGCAGGGUGAGAAGCCAAGCACAGCCGUGAUGCCUGAGGAUGUGGUGGAGCAGCUGAGGAGGUCUCAUUGUCAGGAGCUCGUCCCUGCAGAGAUGGCCAACACACCCAAGAAAACACAGGAGGCUUCUUCUUUCCCCAGCUUUGAAGAUGUCCCAGGUCCCUGUGAGCCAGAGGACCUUAUUGACGGGAUCAUCUUCGCUGCGAACUACCUUGGCUGCACUCAGGUGUUGUCUGAUAAAAAUCCAUCCAAGUCUAUUCGCAUGUCCCAGGCUCAAGAAGCUGUCAGUCGUAUCAAGAGCCAGGAUGAAGACUCUCAGAUGAUGACAGAAGUCGACCUGUUCAUUUCCACUAAAGCUGUCAAAGUGCUGAACGCUGACACACAGGAGACAAUGAUGGACAGUGCCUUGCGUACCAUCUCUUACAUCGCAGACAUUGGUAGCAUUGUGGUUCUGAUGGCUCGGAGGCGCGUGUCUCAGGCUUCACCAGAGGAAUUUUCAGAAUCUCCCGAUUCAAACGGCGAAGGGACGACUCAGUACAGGAUGGUCUGCCACGUCUUUGAGUCCGAGGAUGCACAGCUGAUCGCACAGUCCAUUGGUCAGGCCUUUAGUGUGGCCUACAGAGAGUUCCUGCGAGCCAACGGCAUCAACCCCACCGACUUGAGCCAGAAACAAUACAGUGACAUCAUCAACUCCCAGGAAAUGUACCACGACGACCUUGUCCAUUUCUCAAACUCAGACAACUGUAAAGAGCUGCAUGUGGAGAAACAGAAAGGGGAGAGCCUCGGUGUGGUGAUCGUGGAGUCCGGCUGGGGCUCCAUCCUGCCCACCGUUAUCCUGGCCAGUAUGCUGAACAGCGGCCCCGCAGCUCGCUCGGGAAAACUCAGCGUCGGUGACCAGAUCAUGUCCAUUAAUGACACCAGCCUGGUGGGGCUGCCGUUGGCCACGUGUCAGGGCAUCAUCAAGGGUCUAAAGAAUCAGGUGAAGGUGAAGCUGAGCAUCGUGAGCUGUCCUCCUGUCACCACCGUCCUCAUCAAGAGACCUGAUCUCAAGUUCCAGCUGGGCUUCAGUGUUCAGAACGGCAUUAUCUGCAGUCUGAUGCGAGGUGGCAUUGCAGAGCGAGGCGGUGUUCGUGUUGGACACAGAAUCAUUGAAAUAAACGGCCAGAGUGUUGUUGCCAUGGCACACGAGAAGAUCGUCCAAAACCUGUCCGUGUCAGUGGGUGAGAUCAACAUGAAGACGAUGCCGGCUGUGAUGUUCCGACUGCUGACAGGACAGGAGACACCCGUCUACAUAUAGAGUCCCUGCAUGGAUUGGCCCACUGCAGCUCUGCAUGUCUGUGCCGUGUGACGACCGCUGACAGACAGACGACGGACAGGCGGCUCGGUGGGACGAGGAGAAUUUAUUUUUCUAUCAUUUUAUUUUUUUUCGGCCUCUCGUUGCAAUGCUGUAAAGAACACCCAGUUCUCAUUUUCAGGUUUCGUCUCGAAUACAUUGUCAUAAUGGCCUUACAAUGUGAAUACUCUGUCUGUAGUACUGUACGUGAGUUUCUGGUGAUGAGGAGAAGUAGCUUUAAGGUCAUGGUUAUUUUCUUAUGAAGAGAUAAAUUGGUACAUUUAUUUUUUAUUUAGUCAUUUUUAUAAUGUGUAUGGAGUUUAAAAAUGUACUUCUACUGUAAAUACUUUGGAUUACUCAAGGACUCGAUUGGAAAGGCCAUAUUACUCCUACAGUAUAUGCAUGUUAUUAUGAAGAAUUACUGACCAGGGAUUAAGUCUCAAUCUGACAUGAUAAUCUAUUACAGUAAAUAUUUAAAGAAGAUGAUAAUAUGCUGUACAAAGGCACUAGACUAUGUGUAUUAUGGUGAUGCUGACGGCCAAAGACACACACAGACUUUUCAAAGACAUACAGUAUGGGUUAUCAUUAUCUUUACCAGAGCGUACAAGAAUGUAUAAAAACACACAUUACUGAAUGUAAUGUUAAAACACACAAAAAAAAACACAGACUCACUGCUGAACACUCGCUUGUCUUUAAUUUAUUAAGGUGUUGCUGCAAAAAACAAACA